AUGCACUUGAAUAUCAUUCCAAGAACAUUAAAUUCAGAACAAUUGGAAAGAAAUAACACAAGACAUAAUGUGUUGAUAAUCGGUAUUGAUUCGUUGUCUAGAUUAAGUUUUAUAAGACAACUUCCGAAGACAUACAAAUUUCUCAAAGAGACGUUGAAUGCUUAUGUCUUCAGAGGGAUGACCAAAAUUGGUGACAACACAUUUCCAAACUUAGCUGCUAUUUUGACCGGUAAAUCUGCUGGGUACGUAUCGUUCUUUGCUGAAGAUUUGCCUGAUUUAAAUCUUUUCAAUUACUACCGUGGCGGGUUUCGAAAUGCCCCAACGGAUCAUUAUAUGAGGCCGUUUUGGAUAGCAAUGCAAACUUCCAGACUGUAUCGUUUUAGUUCACAUUUGUGCUUCGGUAGAAUGCCGAAACAUCUACUGCAAAUACAUUAUCUCAAAGACUUCGUAUCAAAGUACAGUAACUUGGCAAUUCCGUUUUUUGCAUUUUCCUUCUUUGUUGAGUUGAGCCAUGACUACAUAAAUGAAGUUUCUUUGGCCGAUGAGGACUUCCACUCGCUGUUAAAAGAACUACUGCUUUCCGGGUAUUUAAACAGAACUUAUAUAUUUUUCUUGUCAGAUCACGGUCAUCGUUUUGAUUCUUUACGAGAAACUUUAAUCGGCCGUAUCGAGGAAAGAAUGCCAUUUUUUGCAGUAACCUUACCACAGGAUAUGAACAAAUCACUGUUAACUUUACAAAAUUUGAGAGUGAACCAAGGACGAUUAACAUCAUCAUAUGAUGUAUAUUUUACGUUGAUGGACAUACUUAGCAAUAGCGUAAACAACACUAAACUUGGUUACAAAACAUCUUCACGCGGAACAACUCUUUUCGGCCCUAUCUUUGGCAAUCGAACUUGUCAAACGGCUGGAAUACCAGAUCAUUACUGCACUUGUGAAACAGAAGAAACUAUUAGUAACGAAGAUCCAAGAGCGAAAGAAGCAGCCACCGUUUUGGUUAACUACAUCAACAACUUCCUGGAUUCCCACAGAAACCAGUGUUCCUUGCUUUCGCUGUCAGAAAUCCGUCGAACUGACCUCAUCCUCCCAAACCAGAAGACUGUCGCAGAUUCCAGAAGGCAGCCGAAUAUGACAUGGCGAGACAUCCUGCUCGAGUACGGCAAAGCGAAGGGCAUCAUCAGCAAGCUCAGAGUCAUUGUGAAAACUGUCCCAGGGAACGCGCUUUUCGAAGGAACUUUGCAGUAUAGGGAGGACGACAAGAGCAUGACUGUCCUCGGCGACAUCAGCAGGAUCAACAAGUAUGGUUCGCAGUCGAUGUGUGUAAAAGACGCCAUUUUGAGGAAAUAUUGUUACUGCUUGGAAAAUUGAACCCUUUCCUUUUUGUUAAGAAACCAAUCCAGUGCCAAGUCCUAAAAUUUCGAAGAAGCCUGUUCACCAUCAUAUUAAAUUUGUUCUGUAAGGAUUAUAUAGUGUGGUUCUGACAAGUUAAACUAUGACAUAGACCAGAGGUUUCCUUGGCACCUUAGGCUACCGCAGAGAGAGGUGCUGCGAAGUGUCCACGGUAUCAAUAUAUUUACACACACACACAAAGAUGAACUAAGGUGUCGUGGGAAAGUUCUAAUUCUUCAAAGGAUGCCACGAAUAGUAAAGGUUUGAGAACCCUGGCCUAGACAAUAGUUACCUCAUUUUGGGGCAUUCAAUGAAAAAAGGAUGCGUUAUUGUUGCGGAUUAGAGUUGGAAUAACGUUUUAAACUAUUACACUCCAGUUCUCAACUCAGCUCCAAUUGCAGUCCAAGUCCUAGUUAAGACGAGUCUAUACCUGAACGAGGGGGGAAAGUAAAAAUUUGACGUGAGCGUGUUUCACUCAUUUGAACGAAACCCUGGCUAACAUACAUUUUCAAAGGCUUGCAACCCUAAAAACUAAUAGAUGCUUCCAUUUCCGCCUAUAAACCGGAUGUUUGACUUUCCAUACAAUCCGUGGUCAGACAGUACCCUUCCUUACUAUCCCAAAAGAGGUAAACAUUGUUAAGGUCAUAGCCCAAAUUAUCAGAGCCACACCAUACAAUAUUUUAAACUAAAAGGUAUACAUAUUUAGGUACGGGUAUAUAUAUCUUUCAGUAAAGAUCGUUGUGAUAUCUAUUGAACAAUUUUAUGCGGUGAUAUAUUUUUUUUUUCUCCAAAAUUAGAAAUUUUGGCAUUUGACUAGUUCCUGAAAUAAACGAUUCGAUUAGAAUCACACAUAGCUUCAAAGAAACUUGCCAUGUAAAAAAUUCAAUGUCAUUGCAACACCGAAU